AUGCGCCAGCGGAUAACGUAUGCUAGAGCAGCUGCAGGACCGUCGCUCCCGGUAAAUCCGCUCCGGCGAGAGGACUUGGAAAUCCCGGAGUUUCUGAAGACGACCUUCCGCGGCGAACGAUUCGUCCACUACGAUUCCGGAGUAGGAGACGUGAACAGAAUUAUCGUUUUCGCCACGGCAAAGAAUCUCGAGCUCUUAAAAAUGAGUCCUGAGUGGUUCGUAGAUGGUACCUUUAAGAUUGCCCGCGGUAAAACGGUGCCGGUUGUUUACUCACUGUUGCCAGCGAAGAACGCUCAGACCUAUCGCAGACUACUGCAAAUUCUCCUCGAUGCGAUCGACGGAUUUCAUCCGGACGCCAUCCACAUUGACUUCGAACUGGCAAUGAUCAGAGAGCUUGAAAAAGUCUUUCCAGCUGCUGGCAUUCUCGGAUGCUCAUUUCACUUCUGUCAAUGUAUAUGGCGACGCGUGCAGAACGAUAGCGAGCUGAGAGCUAACUACCUGCGGGAUGCCGAUUUUGCUCUGGGUUUACGAAUGUUUCCGGCCCUCUCUUAUGUUCCGGUAGAUCAAGUACGCGAUCUCUUUGCUACGCUGACCGAUUCCGAUUUCGUCCGAACGAACGAGGCACUGCUCACUGAUUUCAUAAAUUAUUUUGAAAGUCAAUGGGUCGGCUGGAACAGAAACCCACCGACGAUGAAAGUGGAGUGGUGGAAUGUUCAUUCUUCAACGCUCAAUUCUAUGGGACGAACGAAUAACGAAGUUGAGGGAUGGCAUUCCGCUUUCGCGAGAAGAGUCGGAUCCUCUCACCCGUCAGUGUUCAAAUUGUUAGAACACCUGAAGGUUGAGCAAGGAAAAGUUGAGUUCAUUGCUUCCAACUCUCUGGCUCAGGGCAUUGGCACCACAUCGAAGAAGAAAUACCGGGACCGUCAAGCAAGGAUCUACGCAUUGGUUUCAACGUAUGAGGCACGUGAUAGCCUCCAGUUCCUCCGUGCAAUCGCACACAAUAUCACGUUUUAA